AUGAAACAAGCACCAGUCGGGCCGGAGGAAAGAAAGGCGAUUUUGAAAAAAAUCUACCACGCGCUGAGGCAGUCUCCAAUGUUUACGCACUACUCUGUAGAGCAUAUUCGCGACUCAGCCAUAAAGUCUGAGCAGCUAACUUUUGAUCGCUCGUUCACAAAGCAAGAGUACAUGCAGGCCAUGCACACAAAGCUGGCAAAAAUAGAAAAAAGCUAUGUGAUGAACUCUGAAGAAAUACUCAGAGAAAUGGGGAACAAGUCGUCUCAAAUAAAGCCAGAGCCCAUCCCAGUAAAUGGCGCCAUGGGAAUGUUCAGAGACCCAAUGGGAAAGCCGCACCAGCCAGAGAUGGACGAGUACUCCAUGCACUCCCAGAAGAAGACAGGCCAGGAGUUUGUCUCUCUCACCUCCAACCCACAAGGGCGCGGCAUCAACUUCUCCUUCAUCCCUGAUGACUCUAGGAUGCCCCGCAUUAGGCCUAUCAACAAUAAGCCAAACAGCCACGCGGGAAUGGGCGGAGUGUCUGGCUCUGGCAUCAUGGGAAUGCAAAUGGGCAAUGCAGGGGGUGUGCAGGCAUACCAGCACAAUUUGAUGGGAAUAAACAAGACGCACCAAAGCCAGAAGCAAGAAAUGUUUGCACCGCAGAGCAACAGCCUUAAUGGACACAUGAUGAUGAGCUCUCAUGGAGUGUCAGGCCUUGGCACGGGUGUGGGGCUGCACACUGGCGCAAUGGGAGGAGGCUUUAACUCGCGGCCGCAUGGAGGCUCUGGAAUGGGUGCUUCUGCAAUGAAUAGCUCAGGAAUGUUUGCAGGAUCAAUCAAUGGAUGCACAGGUGGAUCAUCAAGCGCAGCAAGAGGAUACAAUCCUGUCCCCAACAUCAUCAAACUAGAUCCAAUUACUGACCUAGGACACAUGCAAAGUCCUCGCACAAACCGCAGCGAAGUGAAGACAGUUGAAGUGAAAGAGAUGAAAACGCCUCGAGAUCUAGCGGGAGAGAAAGCAAAGAAAGAUGGAUUCAUUGGGCAGACAAUGGGAAGAAUGGAGCCCUUUGUGUCUCUAGGCGGAUUUGGAUCAGUGGAGGAGAUCAACAGCUUCAACAGAAUGCGCGGGCUGGAUGACCACAUGGGGGACAUGCAGGGAAUAAGCCUGGGAAUGGGAGGAAUCUCCCUCGGGCCCACGCUGCACAGGUCAGGGUCAGCAGGAAGCACUAACACAGCAACAAAGCUGAACAACAGCAACAGAAUGCACUCGCUUGACAGGGCGUCUAAGGCCAAUCUGUCAAUGGCAGGGGUGCAUGAAAUAAAACCAGUAGAAAUAAAAAUAGAAGAAAAAGCGAGGGCUCGGGACAAAACAGAGAAGAUAGACUCUCCUGUUUCAAACGAUCCGAUGGAGAGCCCGCGGGCAAAGCCAUCGCACGAGAAGAAGAAGGACCAGAAGUGGAGAGAAGAUAUAGAACAGAUUUUGAUGGAGGUUGAAAAGAUGAGAGAGGUAAUAGCAACACACAAGAGCAUAUUUUCAAGAUGGGAAAAACAGAGGAAAGUUUUUUACGACCUGGAGGCAAUGCUGCACCAGACCAUAGAAGAGUCUCCAGGGAACAUGGAGGGAGUUCAGGGAAUAUUCCAGCAGCUGAAGAGACACAUCAUUGCCUUGACAAUGGAAAUAAAAGAGGGAAAGUCUCUUACGUUCAAAAAGAGGCUGGGGAGAAUAUCGAGUGCGUUUAUGCAGAAACAGAAAAUGCAGCCAGAGUAUCAGUUCAUGAGCACUGAAGAGCUACUACUAGAAUACAACUGA